AUGAAGUGGAACAGCGUUUGGUCGGCUUUCUUCUACUUAUUAGUUUUUAAUUAUGAACUGGAUGCAUACCAAUACAAGCAUAUGCAUCAACCGCUUUCACAGGAAUUAAUAGAUUUCAUCAAUCAUGCGGCUAAUACAACUUGGAAAGCAGGACCAACUGGAAGAUUUAAAAGUGUUUCGGAUAUUCGUAGAAUGUUAGGUGCACUCCCAGAUCCAAAUGGUGGACACCUACCUACUUUAUGUUCUGUUUAUACACCCAGUCUUGAUGAAUUACCUAAAGAAUUCGAUGCAAGAAUAAAGUGGCCUGCUUGUCCUUCAAUAUCUGAAAUACGCGAUCAGUCAUCGUGUGGUUCCUGUUGGGCAUUCGGUGCAGUUGAAGCUAUGUCUGAUCGUAUUUGUAUUGAAUCGAAAGGAAAGAAUAAACCAUUUUUAAGUGCAGAGAAUUUAGUUUCUUGUUGUUCCAGUUGUGGAAUGGGUUGUAAUGGUGGUUUCCCACAUUCUGCUUGGUCAUAUUGGAAAAGUCAUGGUAUAGUUACAGGUGAUUUGUACAAUACAACAAAUGGUUGUCAGCCAUAUGAAUUCCCUCCAUGUGAACAUCAUACAGUCGGUCCAAGACCAUCAUGUGAUGGUGAUGUUCCAACACCUAAGUGUAAAACAACAUGUCAACCAGGAUAUAAUAUACCUUACAAUAAAGAUAAAUGGUAUGGCAAAGCUGUUUACCGUGUCCACUCAAACCAGGAAGCUAUUAUGAAGGAGGUGAUGGAUCAUGGACCAGUUGAAGUCGACUUUGAGGUGUAUGCAGAUUUUCCAAAUUAUAAGUCAGGCGUUUAUCAACAUGUAAGCGGUGGUCUACUUGGUGGACAUGCUGUACGCCUACUUGGUUGGGGUGAAGAAAAUGGUGUACCGUAUUGGUUAAUUGCUAAUUCAUGGAAUAGUGAUUGGGGGGAUAAUGGCUACUUCAAGAUAAUUCGUGGAAAGAAUGAAUGCGGUAUUGAGAGUGAUGUAAAUGGUGGAAUCCCAAAACUUAAAUUCUAG